AUGUUAAAGAAUAAAUUGAAACUGGGUUCAACAGUAAAGCAAAUUAAAGGAGCUGCAUCUGCAUCGGCUUUGUAUCACCCAUUAAAAGUUUCAAGUCGAACGAAGAAAAGGAUGAUAACAAUUUGUGGACAAUACCAUUUGAUCAAAACAGAUGAUCAACUUGAAGCAAUCUCAAUAAGGCUUCCGGUUGAUAAGGCUGACCUGAAAAGGAAAAAGAUUAAAUUGUCUCCGGCGAUGUCACUUGCUGGAGCAGAGAUGGAUGGCACAUCGGUGGCUACGGUGAUGCUAAGCCUUAAAGAUGCCACGAGUUGGUGGGAUGUUAUGAAUGAGUCACCCGUUUGGCAGGAUCGCAUAUUUCACGUCCUCGCUGGCCUUUCUGGAAUCGUCGCCGCCGUUGCUCUUGUACAAUUGGUAAGGAUACAAUGGAGAGUGCCAGAGUAUGGUUGGACCACACAGAAAGUCUUCCAUUUUCUCAAUUUCUUUGUCAAUGCAGUUCGAUGCUUAAUAUUUGCAUUUCGCCGGAACGUACAAAAGUUGAAUCCAGAGAUUGUGCAACAUAUCUUGCUUGAUAUGCCAAGUCUUGUGUUCUUCUCAACAUAUGCACUCCUAGUGUUAUUCUGGGCAGAAAUUUAUUACCAGGCACGUGCUGUAUCAACGGACGGUCUGAGGCCUACGUUCUACACAAUUAAUAUAGUGAUAUAUGCCAUUCAGAUGCUUUUGUGGCUAAUUAUAUGGUGGAAGCCCGUCCCAGUUCUGAUAAUCAUGUCAAAGAUGUUCUUUGCAGGCGUGUCUUUAUUUGCAGCUCUGGGAUUUCUUGUUUAUGGUGGAAGGUUGUUCUUAAUGUUACAGCGAUUCCCUGUAGAAUCAAAAGGGAGGCGCAAGAAGCUACAGGAGGUUGGCUACGUAACCACAAUAUGUUUUACAUGUUUUCUCAUUCGCUGUAUUAUGAUAUGCUUUAAUGCAUUUGACAAAGCCACAGAUCUGGAUGUUUUGGAUCAUCCUGUUUUGAACUUUAUAUAUUACCUGUUAGUAGAGAUAAUACCUUCUUCGCUUGUCCUCUUCAUACUGAGGAAGUUGCCUCCAAAACGCUUAGUCACACAAUAUCAGCCCUUCCAUUGA